AUGGACAGCAGUGCUUCUUUUUGUAGAGUCAUCAAACUUGUCAUGGACGGCACAACGAUACACAUUGAUGACUCAAGGCUUGUUUCAGCUCUGCAAGAGCUGCAGGCCAGGGUUGACUCGCUUGAAGCUAUUCUCAGAAAAGACCCACAAGCUCCCCCAAAUGCCACUGACAUUCGAGACAAAACGAAUUACGCGGGUGUUAGUACAUCGGACCUUCAUGGGGUAAUAGUACCAAUUUUGUUCAACGCAGAAGACUAUGAGAGUCACCUUGUCAAGAAGAAACAAUGUGAAGUGAAACGACAACGACAUUUAUCCUUUUUGAUUGAAAUAGCCAAUACCAAAUUCCGUCGCUUAUUUUAG